GGGUCGUUGCAGCGUUUGUGCGCUCAACAAAUGAAUGAUGUUUAAUUAAGAGUUGAAUUAGUCCGGAGGCCUGACAGACGACGUGUGUUCGUUUGGAGAAAUGGAGGCUGUGAGUUUGUGGAGCCCCCAGCAGGUGGUGGACUGGAUGAGAGGUCUGGAGGACAGCCUGCAGCAGUACGUCCCGUCCUUCCAGCGGCAGCAAGUGGACGGGGAAAAGCUGCUCCGCAUGUCCCACCAGGAGCUGCUGACUCUGGGCGUGUUGCGGGUUGGACACCAGGAGUUGGUUCUGGAGGCUGUGGACCUGCUCUGUGCACUGAACUACGGCGUGGAGUCAGACAACCUGCAGACGCUGGUGCAGAAGAUGAAAGCGGCGCACCUCAGCCUGAAAGGUGCUGUGUCAAAGCGCAGGAAGAACCCCGCCUACCACGGCAAGAACUCCCAUCAGCCCUCCAACGACUUCCUGACCGCCGUGGUCGAGUUGAUCGGCGCCGCCAAGAGUUUCCUGGGCUGCCUGGACAGGAGGUCUGUGACGGGCACGAGCGACUUGUCAUCCAUGAAGAGCAGAAUCAUCCAGCUGUGUUUGGAGCUCACCUCCACCGUGCAGAAGGAUUGCACCAUUUAUCAGAUGGAGGAGAAGUCCAUGGAAAUGUCACAAGCACUGAACAGCAUCUGUGAACAAACAGUCCAGAUGACCUCUGACCCCUCAAAGAAGGAGGCUUCCUGCCUGGAGGAGGUGCACAUCACCGACGUGAAGCCUGGGGAGGGUCUGGGGAUUUACAUCAAAUCCACGUAUGACGGACUUCACGUCAUCACUGGAACCACAGAGAACUCUCCUGCAGAUAAAACUCAGAGGAUCCACGCCGGGGACGAAGUCGUGCAGGUCAACAGGCAGACGGUGGUUGGGUGGCAGCUGAAGCACCUGGUAGCGAAGCUGAGGGCAGAGCCAGGCAGCGUCAGUCUGGUGCUGAAGAAGAGACCGUGCGGUGUCUCUGGCGGGUUUGCGCCCGCCCCGCUCAAAAACCUGCGCUGGAGACCCGCCCUCGUCCAGGAAGCUCCAGCUCGCCACAAAUCCCGACAUCCGAAACCUUCCAGCGCUGCAGGAAGCAGAGGGAAUGCAGCCAUCUUGGAUUUGUACAUUCCCCCGCCACCUGUGGCGCCAUACGUACCGCUAGAAGCCAACACCAGCGUGGAUCCAGGAGCAAAAACGAAGCCAAAGUCUCCAAACUCGUGUCUGGACGCCAGCAUGUGGCGACGCCUCACUGUAACCGCCGACACCGGUCCAUCAGUGGAGCUCAGCCAGCCACUUCCUGUUCGCAUGAGACAGCGCUCAUCCACACGCUGUAAACCUCGACCCGUCUCCAUGCCGGUGGAGUCCUGCGCUGGCGUGUCCGACCCCUCCUGGAGGCUCGGGGCUCACGGAGGUCAAGGUCAGCGGAUUCUCCACAGAUACCUGAGCAACGAGCGGAUCAGCACCAUCACGGAGGAGGAGCCGUGUUUUCCGCUGCCAUAUCGAGCUCACCCAUCUGUCCGUGGCGUUGACCACAUCAGAGGCAGCCAGUGCUUCAUCGACGCUGAUCUGCACAACAGCGCCACCAUCCCUUACCAGGAGACUGUGAGCAAAAAGUGUCCAGGUUCUGCUGCUGGUGGCGCCAUUCCAGCUCCUUCUCAGGCCAUAACGAAAACAUCAUCCUCACUGCUCGGCACCUGGUUAUCUCGACUCAGGUUCCUCAGCCGCUGACGGUUUUAAACGUUCAUGGAAAUAUUUGCUGUUUCAGAUAAUUAACUGUCUCUGUGAGCCAGAGCGAGGAUAAUUAACCAAGAGCGAAACUCCUCAGAACCCGUGAGAAAACUAAUACCAGUGUAUUUUGAAAGUGAAGUAUUUCUACAUAUCAGCUGCUGUACGUUGAUGCUCAGGAGUUCUUAGCGCCUCAUUUAACUCAACUUCUGUUGAGCAGAAUUUAAAGGAUUCUCUGCUGUGCCAAAAACAGGAUUUGUCAUUCUUCAAACAAAAACGGCACACUGUGACAUCACUGGUGCAUCAGCACCCAAAACAUAUGAUCAAAGAUCUGCAGGCAUUCACCAAGGAGCUGUCCUUGAUCCUCCUCUACUUACAGUUCUCGCCAGGCAUCUUAAACCUGCCUACAAUUGGGUCUUGUGCAGUAUAAAAAAACUGACUCUGUGCACGCUAUUUUAAAUAGGAAGGCGGUGCUAAUAGCCACGCCUUCUCUGGAAGAAAGGACUGACGUCAUGGAGAAACGGGCCAUCUCUGUGUGCGUGGACGCAAAUUGUGGCUCGUCUGAUUGGCUGUAUUUCCACAGCAGAUCUGUGGUGUACCAGUUAACAUUUUAAAUCCAGAUGUGCACGGUGCUUUACUACUACUCCAAAAUUCAUUUGUUCAGUCGAAUGAAAACGUAACUGUCCAAAGUUACUGAAGCCCUGUGCAGAUAUCAUGGUUGCGAUCAGCAUUCUCUGACAGACAGAACUCUGAGACAUGCCCACAUCCUGACAGGUCAGGUCUGGGAGUGUCCAUCAGGUCCAUCCCCACCUCUCCAGAGUAACCAUCUACCUGACACAUUCAGUGUGGGUGUGUCCUCCAACUUCUCCAGUCUCUGGGCUCCUGAACACUGAGGCAUCCGUGACCUGGAUUACGUCCAGAGAAACUCUCCACAUGGACUAAAUGUGGUGUCUGAUGUUCCCUCACAGUGUCAGUGAUCCUCCUCAUCUGAGUCUCACUAAGUAACCCUUCAUUGGACACAAAGUCUUCCAGAGGGACCCAAAGAUCCUUCAC